AACUAUUUCAAAGUGCCGGUUUUGGUCACUAAACUUUUUUAUUAGCGCGAAAUGUCACUGAACUAGUAAAUAUGUACCGUUUUGGUCACUCCGUGUAUUUGUGCCGUCAGGAGAGACGGAAAUCUACUUUUUGAGGGGCAAAUUCGUCUGCACAGCCUUAGUGGGAAGAGUUUCAUCUGUAAUCAGUGACAAGACUCAAAGAACCGGCAAAAGACGAAGAUUAGCUGUGAAGAAUCGAUCAUCGAUGGCAGGGAAAUGGGUGAAAAGGCAAAGGGAUGAAUUCAUUGAUCCGUACACAUUAUACGUUCCUGAUAUACCUGCAUUUUCGAUUAAACUCCACCACGACGGUAAAAUUGAGGGAGAGAAAUACAAGAGUUAUGUGGGUGGAGAGAUUGAUUAUUUCGAUCUUUGCCAUGCUGAUUUUAUGUCGAUUCAUGAAAUAAAUAAAAUGGUGGAAAAGUGUGGGCACAACGAUACUAUGUUAUAUUAUUACAUUGACCCUAGAGGGGAUUUGAACCAUGGACUGAUGGAACUUCAAACGGAUGAAGACAUUAUGCAAUUCUGUGGUUGGGUUAAUGAGUACAAAUUGAUGGAAGUAUACUGUCAUCAUUUAACAGUUGAGGAAAUAUAUGAGUGGAAGAAGAAAAAGGAAUUGGAACAGUUAUCACAGACAAAGAGUUCAGUGGUAAUAGAGGAGAUCUUGGAUGAUGGUGAAAUUCUUACACAACAGGCAGCAAUACCUCGUAGACAACGAAAAGGAGUCCAAGCUAGUAGAUCAGUUGCAGCUUUAGAGUGGACACAUGACCAUGCUGGUGAAGAUGAAGAUGCAUACCAAAAUUCUUCUAGGAGAUGUGAACAGGCCAACAACAAUACACAGGAGUCCGAGCCACAAAUGCAUAGCCAAGUUGAUAAUGACCCAACUCCAUCAAGUCAGAAUAGGAGGGACAAUGACAGUUCCAGGAAUAGAAGAAACAGAGAUAGGAGAAAAUCUCGUACGUCGGAGGCCGUUUGUGGUGCUACAAAAAGAGUUAGAAAAGGAGGUGUAGCAAAUGAAGGUGUAUCAAAUAAUGGUGCUGCAACUGAAGGUGCAUCAAAUGGAGGGGCAGCAGGUCAAGGUGCAUCAAAUGGAGGUGCAGUAGGUGAAGGUGCAACAAAUGAAGGUGCAGCAACUGAACCUGUAACAGAAACUGGGGCAGCAACUGAAGCUGAAGCAUGUGAAAAUAGAGAAGGUGCAGCAACUGAAGCUGAAACAGAAGCUGGUCCUGAAACUGAAGCUGAACACAACCCACUAUUGGAUGAUAUUGUGGAAGGGGAAUUAAAUAGUGAUCCAGAUUCAGAAGAUGAAGAUGUUCCUGUGAGAUACACUAGUUUCAAUGCUAGCAGAGAUGGAACAGAUCCCCAUUUUCAUGUUGGACAAAAAUUUGGAACCAAAAAACAGUUCAGAGAUGCUCUCAGAAAUUAUGCAAUUAUAAGUGGAAGACCUGUAUACAUGUAUACAAGUGACAAAACAAGAAUGAGACCUAAAUGUGCAGAUCCGUGUAAGUGGUACAUUUAUGCUAGCCACGUUCCUGCUUUGGGUACUGAAGACUUUGUAGUUAAAACAAUUUACGAUGUCCACACCAAUUGCAGCCAUGCUUGGAGAAACAAAAACAUGACAUCCAAUUGGGUAGCAGACAAGUUUGAAGAGUCUGUUAGAUCCAACAUGAACAUGCCUGUUAGGCAAUUGUUACAGAGUAUAGAUGAGCAAUAUAGUUGCGAGAUCACAAGAAACAAAGGUUACAAAGCACUUGCAAUGGCUAAGGCUGCUAUCAAAGGGUCAGCAUCUCAGCAGUAUAUUGAUGUUGGGAGGUAUGCAGCAGAACUACAAAAAACUCACCCUGACACCACCAUAGACAUCAAGUAUUCACCAAGAGCUGAUCCUGAAAGUAAUCACAGAUUCAUGAGAUUUUACUGCUGUUUGGGACCAAUGAAAAAGGGAUUUAGAGAGGGAUGUAGGCCCCUUAUUGCUCUUGAUGGCUGUCACACUAAGGGGGCAUAUCCAGGGCAGUUGUUGAUUGCUAUUGGGGCAGAUCCAAAUAAUGGUUGGUGGCCAUUAGCUUGGGCAGUUGUUGAGAAGGAGGCUCGGGAACAAUGGCUUUGGUUUUUGAGUUUACUGAUUGGUGAUCUAGAAAUACCAGCAACUAGCAGUGAAUACACUUUUAUUUCAGACCAACAGAAGGGUCUUGAUAGUGCACUGCUGGAGUUAUUACCAGAAGCUGGCCAUAGAUAUUGUGUACAACAUAUGUACAAAAAUUUCAAGAAAAAGCACCCUGGUGAAGUGCUUAAAGAAAAAUUCUGGAGCAUUGCAGCAGCAUCAACAGUGGAGUUCUAUGAGGCAGUUUUGGAAGAGCUUAGAGCAUAUGACCAGCAAGCUCACGCGUGGGUCAAGAGAGCUGCACCACCUCAUCACUGGUGUAAGGCUUUUUUUCCACUUCACGUGAAAUCUGACAUGCUGGUUAAUAAUUUAUCAGAGACAUUUAAUUCUCAUAUAUUAAAUGCUAGAGAGUUGCCAGUGAUUGGGAUGGUUGAGUGGAUUAGAGAAUUCGUGAUGGAAAGGAUAUCAAAUAGAGUAUGUUGGAUGAGAAAAUGUAGUGGUCCUGUGGGACCAGCAAUAAAGACUUUGAUUGAGGAGAGGGAAAAGUUUUCUAGAAAGUGGAAGCCAAUAUCAAAUGGGAAGGGGGGAUAUCAGGUUAGGGGACCUAAGGGGGAACAAUUUGCUGUGUACUUAAGAGACAGAACCUGUACAUGCAGGUUGUGGCAAAUUAGUGGGCUCCCCUGCUGCCAUGCAAUUUCUGCCAUUUUAAAAAUUGGUAGGAACCCAAAUGACUAUGCCGAUCAGUGUUAUAGUAGAGAUCUAUUCUUUCAAAUAUAUGAGAAUGUACUAUAUCCAAUUAGUGGAAAGUCUCUAUGGCCUCAGAGUGAUAUUCCCAUAUUAGAUCCUCCACUUGCAUGUGUCCAACCUGGUAGGCCCAAGAAAGCAAGAAGAAAAGGUAGUUCUGAAAAUAGAAGUGGUGUUCAUGUGGGAACGAAUAAUGUGCAAAAAUUUAAAAAGCAUGUGAUCAUGCACUGUAGAAGAUGUGGUCAGGCAGGCCACAAUGCUGCUACCUGCAAAAGUGUUCCAGAAAAUAAUGGAGGUGAAGGCUGCAGUCAACCUGCUCCAACUCCUAAACAUGCUAGAAAGUCAAAGGGCACCAACAAUGGCUCAAGCACAACACAUGGAGCUAAUUCUCAGGAGCCUGAUUUUGCUCAUGUGGAAGUUCAAGGAUAUUCUUCAAGUUGUGUCAAUUCUCAGCCACAUGGAGCUGAAGAGCAAACUACUUCCCAUAAUGACAUUGGUUCACAUGCUGAACGUAAUGCACAAGCUGCCAGUAGUAGUACGAAAAAGCAGCAGAUUAGAAAGACUAAGACACAUGUGAGGAGAGUUAGGCCUGUCAAUGAUACCGACCAGUCUACUACAGCGGCCAACAAACAGUCUCUCCAUUCAAAGAGAAAGCUGUCUGAAAUUGACAAGAUAAGGAUCAACACCAACUAUGAGUACUUGGGCAAAGAGCCUCCAUUCAAGAUUGGUAGAUGGGCUGGAACAUCAAGGAGCAGUAGAAGUAGAAGUGGAAGAUCAGAUUAAAGGACUUGUUUGCAUAGCUUUUGUUUGGAUGUAUUCUAUGUCUAGGACAAUUCCAAAUUAUUUAUAUGUGAAACAUGGCUAACUUUGUUGGCAGUUGUUUGGAAUGACAGUGACAAUUAUCUCUUUUGUAAAGCAGCUGUUUGGAAUGAUAAUGAUAAUUAUCUCUUUUGUUGUA